CCCACAUUCCACACAAACUUUAACAUACCAAUUCAUAUAAGUUGCCACCUAGCUUAGCUUUGUUUGGCUUAUUACUUAUUUCUCCCUAAACCCAACAACAACAGCCAUGCAAUCUUUUAUAGUUCUUGUUAUUGUUAUUACCCCUUAUUUGUUAGUCUCUCUUAUCUCCUUGCUAUUUCUUCUAAUACUAGUCAUUCUUUUCCAAUUACUAUGGAAUGUUCAUCCUAAAGAUGCAAAACUUCCUCCUGGUUCCAUGGGUUGGCCUUAUCUUGGGGAAACUCUUAAACUCUAUACUGAAAAUCCCAAUUCAUUCUUUGCUAAUAGACAAAAAAGGUAUGGUGAUAUUUUCAAGACCUACAUAUUGGGAUGUCCUUGUGUUAUGAUAUCUAGUCCUGACGCAGCAAAGAUUGUGCUUGUUAGUAAAGCUCAUCUCUUCAAGCCAACAUACCCACCUAGCAAAGAGAAGAUGAUUGGUCCUGAGGCUUUGUUUUUCCACCAAGGAGAAUACCAUUCUAAGCUUAAGAAGCUUAUUCAAGCCUCUUUUCUUCCUUGUGCACUUAAGGGCUCUAUAUCUAAUAUUGAGAAUAUUGUCCUCAAUAUUCUUCCUACUUGGGAGAAUAAUACCAUCAAUACUCUACAUGAAAUGAAGAAGUACGCAUUUGAUGUCGCAAUAAUUUCGGCCUUUGGGGACAAAGGAGAAUUGGAGAUUGAAGGCAUCAAGAAUUUGUAUCAAUGCUUAGAGAAAGGCUACAAUUCCAUGCCAUUGAAUUUCCCCGGGACUCCUUUUCAUAAAGCUAUGAAGGCAAGGAAGGUUCUAAAUGAGACAUUAACAAAUCUUAUAGCAAAGAGAAGAAAAAAUGAGAACAUAGAUGGAGGAUUAUUAGGUGUGUUACUAAAAUGGCAAGACAAAAGAUCAUCUAGCAGUUCUGAUCAACUAAGCGAUUCUCAAAUUGCCGAUAAUAUUAUUGGAGUCAUAUUCGCUGCUCAUGAUACUACUGCUAGUGUUCUCACUUGGGUUCUCAAAUACUUACACGAUAAUGAGGAACUUCUCAAACAUGUCAUGAAGGAACAAGGACAAGUUAGACAAAGAUUGAUUGAAGAUAACCGUGGGCUUACGUGGGAGGACACUAAGAACAUGCCUUUGACUAAUCGGGUGAUUCAAGAGACCUUGAGAAGAGCAAGUAUACUAUCAUUUACAUUUAGGGAAGCAGUCCAUGAUGUUGAGUUUGAAGGGUACUUGAUUCCAAAAGGGUGGAAAGUCUUGCCCUUGUUUAGAAGUAUUCACCACUCUCCUAAUUUCUUCCCUCAGCCUGAAAAGUUUGACCCUUCAAGAUUUGAGGUACCACCAAGACCUAACACAUACAUGCCAUUCGGAAAUGGAGUCCAUUCGUGUCCAGGGAGUGAGCUAGCUAAGCUUGAAAUGCUUAUUUUCCUCCAUCAUCUCACAACCACUUAUAGGUGGAAAGUUGUGGGAAAUGGAGAUGAAAUUCAAUAUGAUCCAUUUCCUAUUCCUAAUCGCGGUUUUCCUAUAAUGGUGCACCCACGAAAAUAAAAUUAUUUUUUUUAUUAAAAUCUUACACUCUUCGCCUUGAAAGAAAUAUUUUUAUCUAGUCUAGGAAAUUGAAAGAAAUAUUCUUAUCUAGUCUAGGAAAAAAGUGUUUGAUAGGGGCAACUUAUCCCAUUUGAAUUCUUGAACCUUCUCCCAUUUUAAUUCUAAAUCCAUUGUUUUUCAAAGAGUGGUUUUUUUUUUAAAUUCCAAAUUUCUUGCUUUUAAAAAAAUCAAACUUUUAUUGUUACUUUAAAACCCAUUAUUGGAAUUGAGUUUUAAUUGUCUUAAUUUAAAAGCAUGUACCAAGUUCUUAAAUAAGAUUUUGAGUUCGAUUCUCAUGUAUCUCUACUUCUUCUACCAGUUUAUCUAGUAAUCCACAAAAAACUAUUAAUGACAACUGUCAUGAAAAUCAUAACACAAUUUUUCCUUGUUUUUGUAGAAAGGCUUAAUUUGGCCAUUUUAUUAGUAUCACUAUCAAUACGGUAGUUGUUGGAGUAUUUGGUUAUGUGAGUAUGUAAGAUUGUUGCAAAACAAUUGUCAAUUUGUUAUGAAGGGAAUUCAACAUCCCGAAAGUUGAGAAAUAGAAGAUAAUAUUUCAACGCUUAUGAACUUGUGGUAUUUGGAAGAUGCCCAAAAAGGUAUUCUGACUUUUUUUGUACUUUUUAAUUACUACUUCCUCCAUAACAUCAAUUUUGCCCUACAAGAAAAUUAGUAGGAAAAUUAAAAAAAGCAGGUAAGUGAUAUUUUAUAUCAAAAAAAAAAGUAAAAUAAAUGUGUGGAUAAGAUAAAAUAGUAAGAUAUUGGAUGAGAAUUAAAGAAAUAGUAUGAAUUAAGUUUAAAAUUACAAAGCAAGCAAAUUUAGUAGAAUGAACUAAAAUAAAAGGUAUGGCAAAUUUAAUUACAUAGAGUGACUAAUAUAGGUUUUCACAUUUGUAAAAGUCAAAUGUUAAGGACGGCACACAUGUAAAGUUAUAUGGAGUUUACACCGUAUUCACUCUAAUUGGGGUGAGUAUGUGUAUGAAUUUGGUGGGAAGUGGAUAGAUAUAAGUGUGAAAAUUUCAUACUUACCUGCCAUGAUAUUAGAUAGGUGGUGGCAUAAAAUUUUUCUCUGCUAUGAUAUUAGGUAGUUGGUGGUAUAAAGUCUUACAUGUCCCUUAUCCAUUCACCUACCCUAUAUCUACAACAUAUAACUUUAUACCAAUUUUGUAUAUUUUGAUCAAAAACUAUUACGGAAAAAAAGUCAAGGAUAUUAAUUUUAUAUAUACUAUAUUGUAUGGCUUUAAUAACAUUCGACUCUUAACCGAUUCAUAUUGUACUUUUUAAUUUUUAAUAUCAUCAUUAUUAUAUUUUAAAAAUAAAUAUCAUGCAUAAUUAUAUCAACCAAAAAAAUAUUUUAAAUAAUUCAUGUUAUACGUUUGUCAUUUAUCUAUCUUGCUUAAUAUUUAAUACUUUUUCUUUCUCGAGUCAGAGGACUCUUUGACCGCGCUCUUCUUUAUGGAUAUGAGUUGCCGCCGUCCUUCUCUCCCUGAACCCUGGCUAUAGUUUUCUAUGGGCAGAAUACAUUGGAUGUGAUGAUGAAGAUGACUUGAAAAAUAGAUGAAAUUUAUUAUUGUAGUUGUAAAUUACUAAUUAAUUUGAAAAAAGAUAUCAUCCAAAAGAAUUUUGUGUAAGUCCCCUUCUCUGAGGUUCUUUUAGGGUUAGGGUUUGCAUCCUCUUUGUGGGUUUCCUCUAGAGACUUUUAGCCCCGACUUGAUUCUCGUUUGAUUAUCAUGGCGGAUGACCUUGUCGAGCAAUGCUCCAAACUAGCGUUAACUAGUGAAGAAAACGACGUUGUAGAUCUUGGAGACAGCAUUGAAGAUGCUAACGAUGAUAAUUUGUCUUUAAGAUUGGUUGACCAAAUCCUUACAGCAAUACCGCUAAACUUCGAUGUCGUUCGACGAACUUUGUUGCAUAUCUGGAGUCUUAAAGAUGGCGUUAUUAUAAGGAGUAUGGGUUCGAAUUUGUUCCUCUUUCAAUUCUUUCAUUGGAGGGAUAGGGAUACAGUCCUCAACGGUAGACCGUGGUGCUUUGAAAAUAAGUUGCUUGUUCUCCAAGAAAUCGAUAGAGAGAAACCGCCCGCUGAUAUGGAGUUCAACUUUUUGCCUUUCUGGAUUCGUCUAUACAACCUAUUCGUUGGUUACAGAUCGGAUGAGAAGGUGAGAACCAUUGCCAAGGCAUUGAGAGAUGUUUUGGAGAUUGAAGAGGAUUUUCUUAAUAUUAACCCUUUCCGUAGGGUUAGGGUUUGGCUUGAUGUGACAAAACCGUUGAAGAGAUUCCAAAUGAUCCGUCUCAAGAACAACACUACGUUAACGAUCCCGCUUAAAUAUGAGCGUCUUCCACACUUUUGCUUCAUGUGUGGAUUGAUGUGCCAUACUGAGAAGGAUUGUUCACAUGUUUCUGAUGAAGAGACGGAAGUUGGGUACGGUUGGGGUCUGAAUAUUAAAGCUUCUCCACGUAAGGGCCUCAGCAAGAACAAUGAAGAAGUAAAUGCCCUGAGAUUAAAGAAGAGCGUGUUUGUAGUAAAGCCCAAAAUCACGACAGCCUUGAAUGUUCCUGUGAGAAAUACAGAGACCAUACACGAUAAUGAAACUGGAAAUCAGGUAAUAAAGACGUGUAAUCCUGCAUCUCAUAGUGCAAAUGGGGAAGAUGUGAUCGGCUUCGUGGCUAGCUCUCAGGAAGAUACUUUUAAUGCAAGUGAUAAAAUAUAAAGGGAAUCAGACCCCACGGCUCUACCAUCAGCUUCCAUUGAGGUUAGUGCUUCUGAUGGUCACGAGAAUAUGAUUAAAAUAGAAGGGUCCAUUACUACUGCUGUUGUGUCAUGUCCUCCUUUUCAAAUUGGUUGUCACAAAUCCCAACCGAAAAUAUUUGUGAAAAUUAAAAAACACAAUAAAGGGGACAAGAAUGUUAGGGGGGACCAUAAAUAUUGUUGGGCCCACACAAAAUACAUCACUUGAAAUGUCUGGAAAAGAGGAAAGCAUGGGACUCUGAUGUUAUUAUGGAGAACCGUGAGUGCGUGUGGAAAAGGUCUUGUAUGGAACCUAAUGUCGAAUGUUUUGCCAAGGAUUCAGUAGCGGAGGUCGGUUGUUCCCAACCCCACAAACAAAAAUGAAAAUAUUUAGUUGGCAUUGUCAGGGUCUCAACAAUCGCCUGACAGUUCAAGCUCUCCACAGUUGGUGCUGGCGAGAGCGACCGAAUUUUGUUUCAUUAUGGAGUCGAUGAUGGAAAAAUGUAAACUUGAAGGGAUUAGAGGUAAAUGUGGCUUUAGUGAUGGCCUGUGUGUCAGUGGCGAAGGCCACUCUAGUGGCAUUGGUUUAUGGUAAAGGAAUGCAUCUGUUAAUUUAAUCUCCUUUUCAACAAGACACAUCCUGGUAGAGAUUAGUGAAGCGGGGGGAGUGGAUACUACGUGGUUUGCAUGUGGCAUUUAUGGUUGGAUUGUAGACCAAAUAAGCACAAAACAUGGGAUUUAAUCAAGAAACUUAUGGAAGACUCACCGGGGCCAGUAAUAUUUUUUGGGGAUUUUAAUGAGAUUAUAAGUAAUCAUGAGAAGGAAGGAGGUGGGGCCAGAGCUGAAAGGGGCAUGGAUGCUUUUAGAGAAUGCCUUGAUGACUAUGGUCUUCGUGAUCUAGGGUACAGAGGGAGUACUUUUACAUGGAGUAAAGGUAAUUCUCCUGCUACUCUGAUUAGGGAGAGGUUGGAUCGCUUUGUGGCUUGCUCAGGGUGGCAACUGAUUUUCCAUUCUUACGAUAUUCGUCACUUUCCUAUUUACCAGUCGGAUCAUGCCCCCAUUAUACUUCAUACGUCUAGACCACAAGGGGAAGGGUGUGACGCAAAACUAUUCAGAUUCAAGUCUCUUUGGCUCUCUAAUGAAGAUUGUCGAAAAGUGGUUUCUGAUGCUUGGCAAGAAGGUCUAGGUGCUGAUAUUGAUUUCCUUAUUGCAAACUGUGCUAGCAACCUGUCUUCAUGGGCCAAAUCGACUUUUGGGGUCCUUAAGUCCAGAAUCAAAGCCUCGAAAAGAAAGCUACGAGCUGCUUAACGAUGCCCUCAAGACGCAAACAUGAUCGACAAUUGCAAAUCCUUGUCAAGUGAGCUUGAUGAACUCCAUAAGAAUGAGGAAUCAUAUUGGCGUAUGCGAUCUAGGGCUAACGAACUUAUAGAUGGUGAUCAGAACUCCAAAUACUUCCACCAUAAGUCUAGUUCUAGACGACAAAGGAACUUGAUAAAAGGGUUGACUGACGAAAAUGGCUCGUGGAAGACUAGCAAUGUUGAUAUCUAAAGUCUUAUCACGGCUUACUAUGAUAGUUUAUUUGCCACUAGCUCUCCCUCAGGUUUUGAAGAAGCAGUUGAUGGUGUUGGCUCAAUGGUGACUGAUGACAUGAAUGAUAGUCUUGAUGACGAACCUACUACAAAAGAGAUAUGCACAGCUGUAUUCCAAAUGCACCCCACUAAGGCCCUAGGUACGGAUGGUUUUCAUGCUCUAUUUUAUCAAAAGUUCUGGGAUAUUGUUGGUGAUGAUGUUGUGUGUCUUGUUAAGAGAUGGUGGCAAGGGUUAUUUUAUUUGAAGGGGAUUAACCAAACCUGUGUCUCUCUUAUUCCAAAGUGCGACGAACCGAAGUCUCUUAAGGACUAUAGACCUAUUAGCUGUUGUAAUGUGAUAUAUAAGGUCAUUUCAAAAACUGUUGUGAAUAUAUUAAAGCCUUUGUUAAACAAGAUCAUCUCUCCUAAUCAAAGUGCUUUCAUCCUGGGGCGCUUGAUCAUUGAUAAUGCUUUGCUUGUUUUGAAACCUUUCAUGCCAUGAAAAGGUCGACAAAUUGUAAAAACAAUGCCUUUCAUGCCAGUUAAUGCGGUUCGCUUUAGGAGACAUAUGCAUUCCUCUGCAAUAUGUGCUCGAUGUAACAAAGCUGAUGAAUGACUAUGUCAUGCUCUGCUGGAAUGUGUCGAUGCUCGUGAUGUUUGGCUUGCUUCCCCUUUUUGCUCUCUUAUUAAUGCUUUCCCUCGAGAUACUUUUGAAACUUUAUUCUUAUGGUUGCAUGCCCACUCUCCAAAGGAUGAAAUGUCCCUUAUUUGUGCUUCUUUUUGGGCAUGUUGGAUGGGUAGAAAUAAGGCGGUCAUGGAGAAUACCUACUGUGAUCUUCUACAAUUAACUUCUUCUAUGAGCAAGCUUGUGAAUGAUUACAAGAUAUAUGCACAGAAAGUUCACAAUGUUCCUCGCCCGAGAGUGCUUUCCUUUGAAACAUGGAAGCCUCCUGCUAAUGGCUGGAUCAAGCUCAAUUUUGACGCCUAUAUGGGGGUUGGGUGCAAACAGGGGUUGGGCAUUGUUUUCAAAGAUGACCAGGGUCGUAUCCUUCUCAUGGGUACUAGACAAGUACACGCCAAUUGGGCCGUAGAUGUCUCAGAAGCUUCAGCUGCAUGUUAUGGAUUGGAAGUAGCAAAACACAUAGGUUUCAACUUGAUACACUUAGAAGGCGAUGCUCUCACUGUGAUGUCUACCAUCCCCAACAAAGACAAUGGACUUACUCCAAUUCAUCUAGUCUAUGAUUGUAGUUUUGAUUACCUGUCUUCUUUGGAUGGCUUUCAAUGUGGCUUUGUUCGUCGAUGUGGUUAUACGGUAGCCCAUAUGGUUGCUAGGUGGGAUAUGGGUGUGAGUCAUGAGAAAAUUUGUGUGCCCCUGUUCCCCGACUGUUUGUUAACUUUUGGAAUAGCUCGAUUUGAGCUAAUUUUAUCCCAGGUGAUUUUCAAAAAAAAAAAAAAAGGAUAU